AUGAUACACCCGUCGAAAUCAAGGAACGCGAUAGUCGUUCAAGAACCAGGAACAGCCAAGGUAGUCUCGGUCUCGAUACCAGCAUUAUCGCCCACGAAUGUUCUUGUCAAGACAGCAUGUGUUGGCUUAAAUCCAUCAGACGCAAAAAUGAUCCAGGCCGGUAUGCCUCAAGGCUCAAUGGCCGGCCUUGACUUUGCUGGAAUCGUCAUGUCAAAAGGCACAAACAUUUCUUCAGACAUACGGCCAGGAGAUCGAGUAUGCGGGGUGGCGUUCGGAUAUAAUAACAACAAUAAUACUACGGGUGCUUUCGCCGAGUACGUCGUGGCUGAAGAGCAUCUCCUCUUCCGCAUACCCGACAAUGUCUCCUUUGAGGAGGCUGCGACGUUCCCUUGCGGUCUUCUCACAGGCGGCAUGGUGCUUCACAACACCAUGAAACUCAAAAGCGCGCCUUCGGAAACGGCACGACAUGCCUUGAUAUACGGCGGCAGCACGGCGUCCGGCCUCUUCAUGAUCCAAUUACUGAGAAAUUGCGGUUUUAUACCAGUAGUCACCUGCUCACCGCAUAACUUCAAUCUCGUCAAAACAACAGGAGCCGAAGCAGCCUUCGACUAUAAUUCACCAACAUGCGCAUCCGACAUUCGCGAGUUCACUAGGAACCAGUUGGCAUAUGCAGCAGACUGCAUCACCACAGCAGACUCGAUGAAGGUUUGCUACGAAUCUCUCGGGGCCGAAGGAGGCCGCUACGUCGCGCUCGACAGCUUCCCAAUAGCAAGCCACUCGCGGCGGGCGGUCCGGCCGUCAUGGGUCUUCGCGAUGAGCGCUUUUGGAUCCGCGGUUGAUUGGGUUGCCCCGUACAAAUGCGAUCCUUCCCCGGCUGACCGCGACUUUGCGGCUGCGUGGACCAGGGAGGUUGCCGGGCUUGUUAGGGAUGGAGCCGUCAAGCCGCUUCGGUACCGUGUCAUUGGCGAAACGCUUGAAGAUGUUGACAAAGGCCUUGAAGAGUUGAGAAGCGGUCGAGUCUCAGGCAUGAAGCUAGUGUGUCUUAUCGACAAGUCCAUGGCCAAGAAAUAG